AUGGCUAUGUCAUCAAAUACAAUUAUUCGUCAAAAAUAUCGUAAAGAAUUUACAUUAGAAUUUUCACGUGAUCGAAAAUCAAUGUCAACAUAUGUUGUUACUGCUAGUAGAAGUGCUAAUAAUAUUCAACAAACAGCUAAAAUGUUUGUUAAAGGUGCACCAGAAUCUGUUAUUGAACGAUGUUCACAUAUUCGAGUUGGAACACAAAAAAUUCCAAUGACUGCACAAAUUAAACAAGAAAUAAUGAAAUUACUUCAUCAAUAUGGAACAGGACGAGAUACAUUACGUUGUUUAGCAUUAGGAACUAUUGAUAAUCCAUUAAGAAAAGAGGAUAUGGAUUUAGAAGAUUCGAAUAAAUUUAUUACAUAUGAAAAUAAUAUAACAUUUGUUGGUGUUGUUGGUAUGCUUGAUCCACCACGUUCAGAAGUUAUUGAUGCUAUUGAACGAUGUCGUGAUGCUGGUAUUCGUGUUAUUAUGAUAACUGGUGAUAAUAAGAAUACAGCUGAAGCUAUUUGUCAACGUAUUGGUAUCUUUCGAGAAUUAGAAGAUUUACAAGGUAAAGCAUUUAGUGGUCGAGAAUUUGAUGAUCUUUCAAUAGAAGAACAAUCUGAAGCUUGUCGACAUGCAAAAAUGUUUGCUCGUGUUGAUCCAACACAUAAAUCAAAAAUUGUUGAAUAUUUACAAUCACAUGGUGAAAUAACAGCUAUGACAGGUGAUGGUGUUAAUGAUGCACCUGCAUUAAAAAAAGCUGAAAUUGGUAUUGCUAUGGGUUCUGGUACAGCUGUAGCUAAAACAGCUGCUGAUAUGGUUUUAGCUGAUGAUAAUUUUUCUUCAAUUGUUGCUGCUGUUGAAGAAGGUCGAGCUAUUUAUAAUAAUACGAAACAAUUUAUUCGUUAUUUAAUUUCAUCAAAUAUUGGAGAAGUUGUUUGUAUUUUUUUGACUGCUGCUCUUGGUUUACCAGAAUCAUUGAUUCCUGUUCAAUUACUUUGGGUUAAUUUAGUAACUGAUGGUUUACCAGCAACAGCACUUGGUUUUAAUCCACCUGAUUUAGAUAUAAUGGAACGUCCACCACGUAAUCCAAAAGAACCAUUAAUUACACCAUGGCUUUUCUUUCGAUAUGUGGCUAUUGGAAGUUAUGUUGGUUUUGCUGUAGUAUGGAGUGCAACAUGGUGGUCAAUGCAUGCAACUAAUGGUCCAAAACUUUCCUAUUGGCAUUUGCAAAAUCAUUUUAAAUGUCGUUCUGGUGGUAAAGAAUGGGAAAAUAUAAAUUGUUCUAUAUUCGAUGAUCCACAUCCAAUGACAAUGGCUCUAUCAGUACUUGUUACUAUUGAAAUGUGUAAUGCACUUAAUAGUUUAUCUGAAAAUCAAUCUCUUCUUAAAAUGCCACCAUGGAAAAAUAAAUAUCUUUUAUAUGCUAUUGCUUUAUCUAUGUCAUUACAUAUGAUGAUUCUUUAUAUACCUAUGUUUAAUACGGUAUUUCAAAUUUGUCCACUUUCAUUAGAAGAAUGGUUAGCUGUAAUUAAAAUUUCUCUACCAGUUAUAUUAUUAGAUGAAUUACUUAAAUUAAUUGCACGACGAUAUAUUGAUCAUAGUGUGAAAUCUAAACAAAUAUUACAUGGUAUGAUGUCAUCAUUUGAUACAUCAUUAUUUAAGAAUAAUUUACCUACAGUUGAUAAAAUUUAUGGUCAUGAAACAACUCAUAUUGAAUGA